GGAAAUGACGCUUCGCUUCUGAUAAAAAAGGGGAUUCUGCUCUUGCCUUCUUUUAGAAGUGCUAAGAGGGGAAGGAGACACAUUUGCCUGAGCCAAGAAUUUUAAGAACUGGGAGGAGUGCUGUAUGAGCCUAUGAUAUGACGACACUAAGGAUUGGGCAGCUGCUACUGCUGUUAGCGACCUCUUCUCUGCUCUUCUCCUGUACCAAGGGGCUUACUGAAAUACUCACCAUUGAUGUAUGCAAAACAUGUCAUCCAAAUGCUACGUGUAUAGAAAGAAAACAGAAAUAUUCCUGCAUGUGUAAUUUUGGAUUAAUUGGUAAUGGCAGGACGGAAUGUACAGAUAAAGAUGAGUGCAACAUGGGAGCACAAAAGAUCUGUGGUGAACACACAGAAUGCCACAAUACACAUGGCAGCUAUUACUGCAUCUGUCUGAAAGGUUAUCGACCAUCCAAUAACCAUGACAACUUUAUACCAAAUGAUGGUACUUUUUGUACAGAUAUUGAUGAAUGUGAAGUAUCGGAUAUAUGUGGAGAGAAUGCAAAAUGUAAAAAUAUUCCCGGCAGUUAUGAAUGUUACUGUAAUGAUGGAUACAAUCUGCAAAAUGCCAGUGAACCUUUUCAGGCAGAUAGUGCCCCUUCCUUGUGCAAAGCUGUUGACUGUGGACUGCCACCAGCUGUCCCCCACUCUGAAAUUCUCUUAUUAGGCAACACCACAUUUGGCAGCUAUGUGACCAUCAAAUGUAUGGUUGGUUUCCAUGUAAAGGAUGGACAGAACACAUCUAUGUGCACAGCUAACGGAACUUGGGAAGAUGUCAAUUUAACCUGUGAAGCUGUUGACUGUGGACAGCCACCAGUUUUGCAAAAUACGCACACAGACACCGUAAGUCUCACAACAUUUGGAAGCAAGGUGAUAUACAGGUGUGACGAUGGAUUCAUUGUUGAGAACAAUCAGAACGACACAGCUCUCUGCUCAGAUGACGGUUUAUGGCAUGGGCUAGUAAUGAACUGUAAAGCUGUUGAUUGUGGUCUCCCACAAUCUAUGCCACAUACUGUAAUCCACUCAUUUAAUAGUAGCACUUACAGAAGCAAAGUUACAUUUACGUGUUCAAAAGGAUUUGUUGUAGAGAGUGGAUACAAUACAUCGGUCUGCAAUGACUCAGGACACUGGGAAGGUGCUAAUUUGGUGUGUAAAGUUGCAGAUUGUGGAUCUCCACCUUCAAUUCAAAAUGCAAUGGCAGCGCAGCUAUGGAACACUACAUAUGGAAGUACACUUUUUUUUCAUUGUUUACCUGGUUACAUUAUGGCUAGUGGGCAUGAGAUUGCUACGUGUAAUGAAGAUGGAAAAUGGGAUGGAGCUAAUCUUGUAUGCAGAGAAAUUAACUGUGGGCAGCCACCAUCAGUGCCCAACACAGAAAGAGAGUGGAAUGGAUCCACAAAGCCUGGGAGUGAAGUACGGUAUAUGUGCCUGAAAGGCUUUUAUAAUCCUGACAUUUGGCAUGUGUCAAGAUGUACUUUCAAUGAAUCAUGGGAAAACCCACGUUUCCUCUGUACAGAGGUUGACUGUGGAUUUCCUUUAACUAUUGAACAUACUGAAUUGAUGUGGAAUAAUGAGAGCAUCAUGGGAAGCUAUGUAUAUUAUAAAUGUAAACCUGGAUUCAGAGAUAACGGAGAAAGGAAUUUCUCUCGGUGCCUGAUAAAUUCUACCUGGAAAGUACUGAAUCUAACUUGCACAGCAAAAGAAAACUUAAUAGGAAACCUGAAGAUUUUUAAUGAAACAUGUCUGAAUUGGACAAAAAAUACUGAUUUGUUUGGCUGGGAGAUCUUGUAUAAGUUCAGCAUAUUUGGAGUAAGGCUGCAUGACAAAGAAUUUGUGGAUAAGAAGAUCUUCAACUACACUACAGAUGAUGAAAAUCCAGUUUUGUGUUUGGAACUACUGUCAGAUACUAACUAUACCAUCACAAUGAUAGCUCUUUCUCCUGAAAUUCCAACAGUGGUGCUUACUGUAACAAUGCAAACAUCUAGGAAACAAGUAUUUGGUAACAUUAUAUUGUUCAAUGAUUCCUGCUUGACGUGGACAGGAAGCUCUUUCACCACACAUUCAGUGGAAGUGUACAAAGUGUUCAUCCAAGGUAAAUCCUGGUAUCCACAAGAAUUACUCCAAAACAUAAUGUUUAAUUUCAGUACAGAAGAGUCUACCCCAGUUCUUUGUUUAGAGUUGCCUCCUGGAGCAGAGUACUCAAUCAACAUUACUGAGUCAUCUACAGACCUGUCUGCAUAUGUUAUUCUAAACAUGACAAGCCAUGAAAGUGAAAACUCCAUCAAUCAGCAAACCUUUAAUAAAACAUGCCUGCAGUGGAAUAGAUGUUUAGAUGAUUUACAAGAAAUAUACAAAUUGUAUGUUAAAGGAGGAAGAUGGUCUCCAAAGGAAUUGCUUCAGGAUAUGUUGUUUAACAUUAAUACAGACCAAAAUGUGACUAUAGUAUGCUUUGAUUUACCCAUGGAAACGAUGUUGCCCACAAAUAUCAGCGAAGCCCACUCCAACCUAGCCGGAGGCCCUAUUCACAAUUUGACAAUAUUUAAUGAUACCUGUUUGGUAUGGAGAAGAGAAUCCAAGUCAGCAGAGUUAUAUGUGAUUUCUGCCCAUGGGCACAAAUGGCAUCAGAAAGACUUCAAGCACAUCCUCAUUUUUAAUAUCAGCACAGAUAAAGCACAUCCUGUUGUAUGCCUAGACCUACAAAAGGAGACAAACUAUACAGUGGAAAUAAUGUCAGUUUCUUACUCUCAAUACCCUGCACAAAUCAGCAUCCUUUCUACAAUAUCAGAACCACCACUCCCUAAAGUGAAAACUGUGCCAGUAAACAGUCAGUUACCUAAAAUUAGCUUUCAGAGAUCAGACAAGCAUGGACACGUCAGGUCAUACCAGGUGUUUGUGAUUCAGUCGAUGUCUCGGUGUUCCUUUACGUGCGAGUCUUUGGAAGCUGUGACAUACUUCAGUAAUAUAUCCAAGACACAAGGUUACGUCACUGCUGAGUUCUUCCCCGAAGACACCCCUGAACAUCUGGAUCUCUUGGUUGGGGACAGGCAAUACUAUGGAGACUUUUAUAAUGCUCCCUUAGAACGAGGGAAAGACUACUGCAUAAUACUAAGAACUGUCAGCAAGAUGAAAUCACACACAUGCAUGGUUGUGGCAGAGAUUGAAGAGCUAUCAACCAGUAGGCAUCAUAUAACUGUGGUUUUAUUAGGAUCAGUUGCAUUAGCAUUCUUCAUAUUACUUGUAUCCUACUCUAUGGCUCGGUGGUGUAACAGAUAGCGGGAUGAAAAUCGGA